ACUUUUCAAAGCUCUGAAAUUUCCUUUCUAGUCACACCCUGCUCCCUUAGUCAGUCAACUCUGAUAUCCAAACCGUUCAUCUCACCAUUUCCACCAAUCUGGUGCUCAAAGAUUGGUCCUUUACGGCUGCCCCAUCUCCCCAAAGCUUCGAUUUUUAUUCCAAGUAGAUCAAGUUCUGGGUUGGUUCAAUCUCAGCACGCACUGUUCUGGAGGUUUUUGCUGCUUACCCUUUUGCUAGUUUGCUCUUCUCAAUUGGGUUGGUCUCCUUUUUCAAGUUUGAACUCAAAGUUUUGAUCUUUCCCUUAUCGGGGUAUAUGUGUUCUCUCUGUGAUAUAGCUAUGAAUACUGUAACUGUCGUAUGAAACGUGUUUUACUGCCAACUGUUUUUGAUUCCAUGGCUUCUAAUAGUAGUGUUACUAGUAAGAAGCAGCGUCUGAAAGACGAUGCCUCUUUCCGGCGUUUCGUGUCACUUGCUUCGAUUACAUGUUUAGCAGUUUUCUUGCUGGUUUUCCUGUUAAGAAUGAAUUCAAGUUCGAAUUUUGAGGUGCCGAAUUCGGAUGAGUUCGAUGAUGUGUUGCCAAGGAGUUAUAAUCGAUCACUUAUUAGCCGAAGGCUUAACCUUCCAAAGCAGAAUAAGUUGUCAAUUGAGUUGGAGAAGAGAAAUCAGAUGCCUCCUAGGAAUUUAGAUCUGUAUCCGAGUCUAGCCAAGGAUCAUAUAACUGUUGUUCUUUAUGUACACAACCGGCCACAGUAUCUGAAAGUAGCUGUUGAUAGUAUAUCUCAGGUUGUGGGAAUCAAUGAGACUUUACUGAUAGUUAGUCAUGAUGGGUACUUUGAGGAAAUGAAUAAGAUUGUUGAGGGUAUUAGGUUUUGCCAAGUGAAGCAGAUAUUUGCUCCUUUCUCGCCGCAUGUCUUUCCCAAAGGCUUUCCGGGAGUGUCACCCGCAGAUUGUAAGGAGAAGGAUGAUGCUGCAGAGAAGCACUGUAAAGGGACUCCUGAUCAGUAUGGGAACCACAGGUUGCCAAAGAUUGUGUCUUUGAAGCAUCAUUGGUGGUGGAUGAUGAACACGGUAUGGGAUGGAUUGGAUGAGACUAGGGAUCACAAUGGUCAUAUUCUUUUCAUAGAGGAAGACCACUUUCUGUAUCCCAAUGCGUAUCAGAACUUGAAGAUACUGGCAGCGCUGAAGCCUAAAAAAUGCCCCCAUUGCUAUGCCGCGAAUUUGGCACCUUGUGAUGUGACUGCCAGGGGAGAAGGUUGGGAUAGUUUGAUUGCAGAGAGAAUGGGAAAUGUUGGUUAUACAUUUAACCGGACUGUUUGGAAGAAAAUCCAUAAGAAGACCAGCAAGUUCUGUUUCUUUGAUGAUUACAAUUGGGAUAUUACAAUGUGGGCAACUGUUUAUCCCUCAUUUGGUAAUGCUGUUUUCACGUUACGAGGGCCUAGGACAAGUGCAGUGCACUUUGGAAAGUGUGGUUUGCACCAGGGCCAGGAGGGCCAGAAAGCGUGCAUUGAUAACGGCGUAGUAAACUUUCAAGUGGAAGAUGUAGACAAGGUUGCAAACAUCAAUCCAGACUGGGAAGUGCAAGUCUUUGAGAAUCAGCCCGGGUAUAAAGCUGGGUUCAAGGGUUGGGGAGGUUGGGGUGACAAGAGAGAUCAUCAGUUGUGCUUGAAUUUUGCUCAGAUGUAUCAUUUUUCGUCCUCGUCUGCAAAUCCUCUUUCAAGUACAACAAUACCAGUUCAUCAUUUAGUUGAGAAAAGAGAGAUCAGAGAUGAGGAAAACAAGUGUCUUGGAGUUGACAUAAAGCUCAGGAAUACACUUCUUGUGCUGCGAUCACUCACCGACUUUGCUAGUCUAACUGAAGUUCGAGAUCGGAACGUCGACCAAAUCCUGGACUCCCACACCGACACCGAAUCCUACUUUGACUUUGAACCGAGGCCGAUUUUAAAUCUGUUCCAAAAACUGAAGUCCAAAAUAGAGGCAAUACCUUGGAUAUCUGUCCCUCUCGUCAUUGAUUUUCUUGCUCUUCUUCCUGUCCCACAGGUACUUGCAUCUUUUUGUAAUUUUGGCACCAAUCUGGAAACAAGUAAUUACGUCUGGGAGAACUGUUUUGCAAUUCUUAUUGGACUAAUUGGCUUGCUUCUAUUUUUGUAUCUCAUUGGAAAUGUGCAGACAUAUAUACAGUUGGCAACUACAAAGUCGGUGAAGAUUGCUGAGAAAAACGAAGAAUUAAGACGGACAAGAGUUACUAAGAAGUAUCUAGAAAUGAAAAUGUGGAUGUCAGAUAGAGAUCUGUCCGAGGACACAAAGACAAAAAUCAGGGCGGAGAAAUUCAUAGAUCAACCGGAGGAUCUAAACUUAAUAUGCAGUGCGGGAUUUGAUGCUUUAAACUCUUUGAAGAGUUGUAUAGCCAUGAAAGUUCUAAAGAAAGUGCCCUUGUUUGAGGGUGUCGAUGAAAGUAGUUUGAAACAUAUCACGGGUUACAUGGAACCAGUUAUCUACACCAAGAAUAGCUACAUCCUUCGAGCGGGUGGUCCGUGUACUAUGCUUCUCUUCAUUGUAGAAGGCGUAAUCGAAUUGACCGACAGAACGUCGUCUAACGGUGCCGAAACGAUGACCAAGCGUCUUCAGAAAGGUGACUAUUAUGGAGACGGUGUGCUGGAUUUGGCAUCAUUGAACCUUAAGCUCGGCGCGGGAGUCUGGGAGAAAAGCAAUUCGAACCAAGAUGUCAAAUGUCUUACCAAAGUCGAGGCCUUUCUUACCAAUUUCCGCAUGUUAGAUAACUUUCUAAGAGACUGCAGCAUACGCCUGAAUGACAACGUGAAGCCGACAGUUCCCCCUAACAACACUGAUGAGACAUCAAAUGAGGUAUACAUGCAGUUUUUACUUUUAAAGCUUCGUUACCCUGAACCCUAA